AUGGAGGAGAAGGCUUGUCUUGAGGGUCAUAAUCACUGGGUGACGAGCGUGGUGAUCAGCAAGGACGGCAGGACGGCUGUCAGCGGGAGCUGGGAUAAGACGCUGAGGGUGUGGGACCUUAGGAGCAUGACGCAGAAGGCUUGUCUUCAGGGUCAUAGGAGUACGCCGUGGAGCGUGGCGAUCAGCGGGAACGGCAAGACGGCUGUCAGCGGGAGUUACGAUGAAACGUUGAGGGUGUGGGACCUUGGGAGCAUGACGCAGAAGGCUUGUCUUGAGGGUGAUGGUGGUCCGAUCAACAGCGUGGCGAUCAGCGGGGACGGCAAGACGGCUGUCAGCGGGAGCUGGUAUAGAACCUUGAGUGUGGUGUGGGACCUUGUCAGCAUGACGCGGAAGGCUUGUCUUGAGGGUCAUAGUAAAGCGGUAGGGAUCGUGGCGAUCAGCAAGGACGGCAAGACGGCUGUCAGCGGGAGUAACGAUAACACUAUGAGGGUGUGGGACCUUGGGAGCAUGACGCAGAAGGCUUGUCUUGAGGGUCAUAGUGGUUGGGUGACGAGCGUGGCGAUCAGCGAGGACGGCAAGACGGCUGUCAGCGGGAGUGGG